AGGAUGUUGCGUCGGCGCCAGUCCUCGGCUAACAGAAUGCGGGCCCCGAAAGGGCAGCGCAUUUGUCAGGCAGCAGUUCAACAACGGACGGCAACCGCGACCGAAUUUAAAUCUAUUCCACUCGUUUCGUGACAGUGAACUGUGGGUCAACAUGAAACCAUCUUCUAUCGUUGUUGGGGGCCUCAUUUUUCUGACGACUUUAAUUUCCCCCAUCCAAACCCUACCAACGUUUGAUAUUCGUGAAAUGCGCAGUGUGAAGCAGUUAUCCAAAUGUUGGGCACAUAACCUCCAAAAGUACAACAUUUCUUUAAAGGAAAAGGUUGAGUGGCGACCGAUUUGGGAAGAUGUUUCCAUCUGGUGCUUCAACAGGAAAUCAGACAAAUUCCGGCUAACCUUAAAUGACUACGGUGACUUCGGUGAGGUAUUGCAACGGAACCGCUCGACCGUACUGUUCGUGCACGGCUGGCUACAGAACAAGCUACAGUUUGCGGAAGGUGCGAAACGGCUCGCUUUAGCUGUGACCAGUCGCAACUAUUGUGUGGUAGACUUUGAAUCACUUGCCACGGUGGAAUUGCGGCUGUUCAUUAACCAAGUCUCGCUUCGCAUUGCCACCUUUCUGGCCGGGUUUGUGCAAAGUCUCGGUGCAAUCGACAUUCCGCCGGAGCAAGUCACACUCGUCGGGGAAGGUGUUACCGCCCAUCUGGUUGGACAGACGGGACAGCUACUGGCGGGACAACUUGGUUCCAUUAUCGGGCUGGAUCCGUUGGGACCAUUCUACACAGUAGGCCCGGCGAUGCAGAGUCCUCGCGGCACCCUGGACCCAACCGAUGCUCGGUUCGUGCAGGUGUGGUACAGUUCGAUCGGUCAGCUAGGUUCACCCAUGCCGUUGGGACAUCAGAACAUCUACCUUAACGGUGGACUGCAUCCUCAGCCCGCCUGUUCCUGCUUCAGCAAGGCCUUUGGUACAACCAACCUGUUAACACAGCUCUGCAGCCAUUACUUUGUGGUGGAAGUAUUUAAAGCUACGCUCGAUCCUUCCAUUGACCUACUCGCUACGAAAUGUCACAGCUACAAGCACUUUCUCGCGGGUCGCUGCAGAAUCCGACCGUCGACGACACGCCGCGUCAUCAGCAACGAUGGAACCGAGCCGGGCAAUUUCUAUCUCCAAACUUCCCUUAAGCCACCGUACCUUUAAUGUCCUUCUGGAACCAUUCCUGGGUAGCAUGGAUGCGUCUUAAAUACCUUCUCGCCAAUGGAAGCUUUUGGCGAAACGCUAAUGCCUGUCUGGGACGUGCUUGUGUCCCGCUUGACCUACGCGGGACCAUGAUGAAUACAACUUCGCUUUCGGUGAUCAAUUUAAGUUAAGCAGCUUAUCACGGGCUCGACCUGGUGGAUGUAUGGGAACGCGCCUUUAAGAGCUAACCGACGACGAAGGAAUCCUUUUGAAUAGUGUUAGUAUCCUUUCGGAAGAACAAGACUGUCUGGGGUUUUCUGUUGAAAAAUUGUAAAUAAUUGUAUAAAUAAGUUAGAGGUUUGGACGCCUCAUUUAAUUUAGCUUCAAGAGAGCUUCUGAUAGGAUAAAGGAAUAAAAAAAUUGAAGCUUUAUAUUGCGCCUGAAA